ACCUUUCUGCCUCCUGCAUUUGGAAUUGUACACAUACAUCAUGGCUGGGGCCAUUAUUGAGAACAUGAGCACCAAGAAGCUGUGCAUGGUAGGAGUCGCGCUGCUACUCUUACAAGUGCUGGCAUUCCUCGUCGGGGGGCUGAUUGCUCCAAAACCAACCUCAUAUGUAAAUCCUGUUGCAAUGAAAUGUGUUGAUAUACGGAAAAACCAUCACAGUUCCAAAUGGUUCUUGCCCUGGGGAAAAGGACAGUGCAAAAGUAUUCAAACUUUUGAUGAGGCUACAAAUGGUCAUAUUGAAGCCAAUGAUAUUGUUUUUGCUGCCCAUAUACCCAACAGUCAGUUUGAAAUGAGCCCCUGGUUCCAAUUUAUGCUAGUGGUUCUACAGUUGGAUAUUGCCUUCAAGCUAAACAAUUACAUAGAGGAUAAUUCUAUGGUAAAUCUGAAUGUUUCUGUGGCAUACCGUGAUGACCUAAAGGAAGAGUGGAAAGAAUUGGCCAGUUCGAUGGAGCAAAGAAAAUUAAACUGCAUACUUCCUGUCGAAAAGACGGUGGCAAAUGAAGGCCGCCAGUAUGACUGUGAUGUAAUUCCCCUCAUGGAACUUGGAAGCGUGUCACACAAAUACUACCUAUUUAAUAUUCGACUCCCUGUAAGUGAAAAGAAGAAAUCGAAUAUAGCAAUUGGAGAAAUUAGAGAUUUGCAUGUUGUGUGUAUCUUCCAGAAUGGAGGCUUCACAAUGGUGUGGUUUGCUAUGAAAACAUUCCUCACGCCAAGUAUAAUAAUUAUUAUGAUUUGGUAUUGGAGAAGAAUAACUAUGAUGACUCGAUCACCUGUUCUCCUGGAGAAAGUUAUUUUUGCUUUAGGCUUUUCAAUGACUUUCAUUAACAUUCCUGUCGAGUGGUUCUCCAUUGGAUAUGACUGGACCUGGAUGCUGCUAUUUGGGGACAUCCGUCAAGGGAUUUUCUAUGCAAUGCUGCUGUCCUUCUGGAUUAUCUUCUGUGGCGAGCACAUGAUGGAUCAGACUGAAAGAAACCGAAUCUCUGUGUACUGGAAACAAGUUGGACCAAUUGCUUUUGGAUCAUGCUGUCUCUUCAUAUUUGAUAUGUGUGAAAGAGGUGUACAGUUGAAGAACCCAUUCUACAGCAUUUGGACAACAGAUGUAGGAGCAGAAAUCGCUAUGGCAUUUAUUAUUGUAGCAGGAAUUUGUGCGUGCCUUUAUUUCUUGUUUUUGUGCUUCAUGGUAUAUCAAGUCUUCAGAAACAUUAGUGGAAAACAGUCAAAUUUACCAGAAAUGUCCAAAGCCCGAAGACUGCACUAUGAGGGUUUGAUAUUCCGCUUUAAAUUCCUGAUGAUUAUCACCUUGGCAUGUGCUGCAUUAACUGUAGUCUUUUUCAUUACUACUCAGAUUACUGAAGGCAACUGGAAAUUGGGCGACUUGAGCAUUGAGCUUAAUAGUGCCUUCUUUACUGGGAUUUACGGCAUGUGGAAUCUUUAUGUCUUUGCUCUCAUGUUCCUUUAUGCUCCUUCACACAAGCACUAUGAAGAUGGCCAUUCUAAUGAUGGUGCUGGAAUGAGCAGUGGGGAGGAAAUUCAGCUAACAACCACAAUCACCCAUAUCGAUGGACCCACAGAGGUGUACCGGCUGGCUGGCAAGGAAGCCCAGGAGUAAUACCCAGUCUUAGGGUGGGACUAAUAUGUAGACAUUCUAGUUUAUAUAUCCCACUAUUACAUGUUACAAAAUAGCCUUCUAUACAAAUACCAUAUUUAUAGCUGAAUUUCUCUUUUGUUAGAGGAGUGGCAUGGCAUCUAUUUGUACUGUAGCUUUGUUUUUUAUACAUAUAUAAAUAUAUAAAUUUGGUGGAAGAGUGCUUUUUCACGCUUAGAAUAUAUAAAUAUAUAAAGUUGGUGGAAGAGUGCUUUUUCACGCUUAGAAUCUACAACUUUUUCACCACAGCUCAGACGAAACUGUGGGUCACAUUUUAUCAAAACAAACUCGCCAAUAUUAAGGAGCGGAUUUAUCACAAUGUAAGAUUAGAGCUCACCACAAAAAAUUUUACCCACUUUCUAGAAGCGUAUUUAUCAAUAAGGCGAGACUUAAAUGUUUACUAUUUGAUAAAUGUGCUUCUAAAAAUCCCAUAGGAAUGAAUAGAAAGUGGGUGAGUUUUUGUUUGGUGAACUGUAAUAUCACACUUAAAUAAAUCUUCCCUAAGAGUUAAUUUUAUUAGGGGUACAAGACAAAUCUUAACCACCACAAAUAAGCAAAUGCUUUGUAACUAUAUUUUUUCUUUUUAUUUUCCUUUUUGAGGUAAACCAGUAAAAAAAAAUGCAAGUUCUGAUCAUCAAUUUUCAUUGAAAAACAAAUGAAUCACUUUUUUUUUUUUUUAUAUAUAUAUGUUUGAAGUUAUAUUGGCCCCAUAUUGGUCAGUUGUUUUGUUAAUUAAUGAAGUUCAUUGUGUGUCUGUCCCCCCCUGUUGUAAGUAUUUCUAUAUGUAGAACUUAUUUCAUUGGGAACAUUAUAUACUAACAUGCAAACAUGCUGCCUUUUUCAGAUGCAAUAUGUAAUAAGCAAUAAAAUUGUCUUGUUUUUUG